CAUGUGAACCCGCGAAGUUCGCGAACGGAACGUUGCCAGCUCGUCAGACAAAUCUAACAAAAAGUAAACCAUUUUACACAGUUCCAGGUACAAGUCCUGUUAUGAGAAAUUGUCUUGGGGGAACUGCGGUGAAUGCCAUUUUUAUUUUCGCUACACGCGUUUUGAUAUUGCCGCACUAGUGGGCGUCUACCAAACAUGGACCGCGGACAAGAGACUCGGGUUGGAAACGACGAUACUUCGAAUAAUGAAAAAGAAACAAAAUCUGAAACAGAAGUUCUUAAAGACAAAUUGGACAUCGGGAAUGAAUCGCAUGUAAACGGGGAGCUAAGACAUAGGAAAAACAAAAAUCAGUCUCUUAAAAGUUGCGGCAGCAAAAAACCGCCAGUGAAAAAGAGCAUCAAACAGAUUCUUUCGGAGAAAGCGCGGCAAUCGAAGGAAGGCUCAAAUUUUUCAUGGUUGCGAGAUAUUUUUAGUGGUAAUGUUUCCCCCGCUGGUGACGAGAAAGAGGCACGGCUAAUGUCUCUCUGUAAUCUUCUUGCGUUCACUGCUAUUGUUUUUCUGACGGUGGCUACAAGAUACUACUCCAUAACUGAACCUGACUGGGUUUGCUGGGAUGAAACACACUUUGGGAAGCAUGCUAACUUCUAUAUCAAGGGGGAAUUCUUUUUUGAUGUCCACCCUCCCCUGGCUAAGAUGCUUAUAGCACUGUCUGGUUAUCUGACUGGGUACAAUGGUACAUUUCCAUUUGACAAGCCUGGGGACCUUUACGGGGAGAAUAAUUAUCUUGGCAUGCGACUGCUAUGUGUCACAAUGGGCUCUCUGUGCGUUCCUCUGGCAUACUUGAUAGUAUGGGAAUUGACCAAGUCCACAGCGGCCUCAUUACUGGCUUCUUCUAUGAUACUUUUUGAUAAUGGUUGUGUGACGAUAUCCCAGUACAUCUUGCUGGAUCCUAUUCUGAUGUUCUAUAUCAUGUUGUCUGCAUUUUGUCUUACAAAGUUCCAAUCUUGCAAAAAUAGUUUUAAUACUCCCAGCUGGUGGUUCUGGAUGUUUGCUACCGGCGUCUCAUUAGCCUGCGCCUUUAGCUGUAAGUGGGUUGGCCUGUUUGUGAUCCUUUGGGCAGGAAUCACCACGGUGAUGGAUCUAUGGGAAUUGCUGGGCGACCUGAGCUUGUCACUGUUUGAGAUAUCCAAGCAGUUCAUUGCUAGAGUCCUUGGUCUGAUCAUACUCCCCAUCAUGGUUUAUCUGUUCUGGUUUUCAGUACACUUCAAGAUGUUACCAAACACUGGCCCCGGUGAUGGAUUUUUUAGUUCCGCCUUCCAGUCCACUCUAAAAGGAAACCCUCUGUACAUGGCGUCUGUCCCUGAAGAUCUCGCAUUUGGUUCAAUGAUUACACUUAAGAAUCACCGGGCAGGCGGAGCCUUACUGCACUCGCAUCACCAUCUCUACCCAAAAGAGCAUGCUCCAGAACAGCAACAGGUCACAGGUUACUCGCAUAAAGACGACAACAACAAGUUCCUGAUAAAGAAAGCUUAUGAAGACUAUGAUGCCAAUGAACCCGUCGAGUUUGUCAAGAAUGGGGAUUGGAUCAGACUGGAACAUGCUGCAACCAAACGGAAUAUCCACAGCCACAAUGAGAAGGCCCCUCUCACAAAACACCACAUGCAAGUGACAGCUUACGGAGAGGAAGGUAAAGGUGACGCUAAUGAUUUCUGGCGUGUGGAGAUAGUCAGUGGGUCACCGGAUAAUCAUGUCAAGACAGUCCGGACUAUUUUCAGACUUAUUCACGUCAACUUGGACUGUGCACUUCACAUGGGAUCCAAGACACUACCGAAAUGGGGCUGGGAGCAACUGGAGGUUACAUGCAACCCUGUUCAACACGAGCUGGGUAACAUGUGGAACGUGGAAGGCCAUGAUAACGACCGAAUCCCCAAGGCAAGUCCUGAGUUGUUCAAACCGUCCUUUUUCGCCAGCGUCUACGAGUCGCACAUCGUAAUGGCACAGACCAACUCGGGAUUCAAGCCCAAAGAAGGCGAGGUUACUUCGCUGCCUUGGCAGUGGCCAAUCAACUAUCGGGGACAAGUUUUUUCGGGUGCGGACCACCGGGUCUAUCUCCUUGGGAACCCUGUGGUGUGGUGGUUUGUACUAGCUGUGAUGGCGUUGUUCGCCGCACUCUAUGGUUUCCAUGCUGUACGCGUGCAGAGGGGAUACAAGGACCCCCCUGCUGAAGUCGCCCGUCGUAAGCGUAUGGAGUCUGUGGUCGGUUGGUUGCUUCUCGCAUGGGCGCUCCAUUAUUUCCCAUUCUACGCCAUGGGCCGCGUCUUAUACUUCCAUCAUUAUUUCCCGGCCUAUCUAUUCACAGCUAUGCUUGCUGGUGUGGUUUGCGAGUACUGUUGCGAGAGUUUUUCGUCCUUGCCUCAGCUAAGAAAAUGGAAAAGCGCGAUCUACGUCACAUCCGUUAGUCUCAUCAUCUCCAUGUGUGUUAUCAGUUUCUAUCUGUUCCGUGGCCUUACAUAUGGCAUGUCCGGUCCAAUGGCCCAUAGUCCGAAUGCGACUGCUGCUGUUUACAAAUGGAUGGACUCCUGGGAGGUGUGAAACUCUACAGCAAUAUCCUCACAAUACGACAAGAGAAGCUGAUCAACCUUAUAUGGUUUUGCACCAUAAAGCUCUAGUCGAAUAUGGCACCUAUCCAUUAUGGCGCCCACUUGACUCACUUGACAACGUGACUCACCAACGCAUCUGGUUUAUAUGUAAAAUACUCAUCUCGCACUCAAAUGACAUUCAAUGAUACUAGUAUGGAAAAGUGUCUAAAACAAAUAUAAAAUGUUCAGGUAAAUACUAUUGAUCGUAAUGGAUCAAUCUCAUAUGGUACCUCACCGACACAAAGACACAUAACACAGGAAGGCCAGACUCGUGUCAGAGUAACUAAUUUGCCUCAUAAUUAAGUACACUCAAAGCAUACGUGGCGUAACCAAUACCUUGGUUAUUGGUGGGUUCAUGUAAUAAAUAUUUACAGAGAAUUGUAACCAUAAAAAGAAAAGUUAGGGUAAUUUAUAUAAAUUGUUGCAAUAACGCUUUUAUAGUACAGCUAUAGUAUAACUAUGUAACUAUAGUUCAGAGAAACAGGUUCAUAGACAAAUGCUAACAAUAAAUAGAAAAGGUCAUACAAAUAAAUUGUUAGUCAACUUUAA